AUGGCUCCCACGCGCUCCCAGCGCCCCGAGCUGCGGCCUCUGCUGAACCCCAGCAUUGCCGACUACGGCUUCCGGCCUCGCGACCCCGCGGAGGCUUGUCGCCAGGCGUUCCAGCAGUCUCUCGCGCUGCGCACCAUUGGGCCCGCGGCCCGUACUCCGGAGGAGCUCGCACUGCGUACGUCUCUGCGAGAGCGGCUCCUCACUCCACAGUCUACGACUGUCGCGGAGUAUCGCGAGAGGCUGCGGCUGCAAGCCCAGCAGAAGUCCGUGCCCGCCAUGCGGACGCACCCGGUGGCACUUAGCCCGGAGGAAGACUCAAUUGAGUACGAAGCUCAGUUCGAGUCUUGGGCCGAGCACAGCCGAAAGCUCAGCUCCAUGGACGCUCUCCGAGCCAGCUUCAGUGAAGUGGAAGUUCGCGUUGAACGCAAGCUCCGCUUCGAUUUCGCGAAGGUCCGAGCCAAGCGCAGCCUCUCGGCACUCGCCCAGCCGCAGACCCAGUUUAGCGCUUCGCUCCUUCGAGCACUCCAGCCGCUCCUUCCCGCGAGGGAGGUCAGCCUCGGAGCAGUGUGGCUGACCCAGCAGCUCCCCAGCUUAUUGCCGGGAAGCGCGGGACGGCCGGCCUUGAGCCCUCGGGGCGCUGGUGAUCAAGCUGAUCAAAAGAGUCCACGAUGUCUGGGCAGUCUUGGCGGAGGGGCACCUCAAACUCCCAUGAGUUCUCGGAGUGAGGGUACCCUCACCAUUUCACCAGAUACUGGUUUUGACCCCGGCACCGCCGUUUCGCCAGGAUGCGCUCCACAUGGUAAUGUAGAUUCCCAUGCUCAUCGAGCAGGGCCGGUGGAGGCCGCUGUGGGGUCCUUUGCGACUCAAAGUGAGCUCUUGGAGGUGCGGCAGCAGGCGGGUCGCAUUCGGGAUCAUAUCCGUGACGUUGAUGCACGUCUGGGCCGGACUGCCACCGAACUCGACGAGCUCGCCGAGCGGACGCGAUGGAUCGAGGUGCCUCGAGCGGUCUGGGACCGUCUUGGGCUCGGGGAGCUACAGCGUCAGCAGGCUGUGCUUCAGGGUCAGCUCGACCUCCUGGCCCGCAUGCAGGCUCCGACUACCGCGCCUCCUGCGCCUGCGGCUCUCGCUGUGCCCGCGGCACCUCCGGCGCCGAUUCUUCUGCCUGUGCCUGCGGUGCCCGCGUGGAUGGUCGCGUCCUCGACGCCUGCGACUGCGUCCUCGGCGACCGCGAACUCCGCGCCUGUGACCUCGUCACCCUCGGUGCCUCCAUCUGCACCUGCAUCGGGUCCUGGUACGGCUUGA